AAGCGGAGGCACCGAUCCCAACCACACUAUAAAUACGAUCCCGCAAUGCCCUCUCUCUCCCAUCCCACCCCUCGCCCAAUGCGUAGUUGUAUCUGCAUCUCCAACACCACCAGCAGAGGUUCCAGUUAGUUUUUUUUAGAUUAGAAAAAUCGAGUCCAACAGACUCGCCGCACUGCGCGGGAUCGACCUCGUCGCAACUCCCGUGUGCGCCGCCAAUAAUGGAGACCCGGGACACGGAUGCGACGCCGCUCCCCUACUCGUACACGCCGCUGCCGGCCGCCGACGCCGCGUCGGCCGAGGUCUCCGGCACCGGCAGGACGCGGAGCAGGCGGCGGCCCCUCUGCGCGGCGGCGCUCGUGCUCUCCGCCGCGCUGCUCCUAGCCGUGGCCGCGCUCGUCGGCGUCGGUAGCCGGCCCGGCGCGGUGGGGAUGACAGAGUCGGCGGCCUCGUCGCCGACGCCGAGCAGGAGCAGGGGCCCCGAGGCCGGCGUGUCCGAGAAGACGUCCGGCGCGUCUGACGACGGCGGCAGGCUCCGUGGAGCCGGCGGGAACGCCUUCCCGUGGAGCAAUGCGAUGCUGCAGUGGCAGCGCACGGGAUUCCACUUCCAGCCGCAGAAGAACUGGAUGAACGACCCCAAUGGCCCCGUGUACUACAAGGGCUGGUACCACCUCUUCUACCAGUACAACCCUGACGGCGCCAUCUGGGGCAACAAGAUCGCGUGGGGCCACGCCGUGUCCCGCGACCUGAUCCACUGGCGCCACCUCCCGCUGGCCAUGGUGCCCGACCAGUGGUACGACACCAACGGCGUGUGGACGGGGUCCGCCACCACGCUCCCCGACGGCCGCCUCGCCAUGCUCUACACGGGCUCCACCAACGCCUCCGUCCAGGUGCAGUGCCUGGCCGUGCCCGCCGACGACGCCGACCCGCUGCUCACCAACUGGACCAAGUACGAGGGCAACCCGGUGCUGUACCCGCCCCCGGGCAUCGGGCCCAAGGACUUCCGCGACCCCACCACGGCCUGGAUCGACCCCUCGGACGGCGCAUGGCGCGUCGUCAUCGGCUCCAAGGACGACGACGGCCACGCGGGCAUCGCCGUCGUCUACCGCACCACGGACCUGGUGCACUUCGAGCUCCUCCCGGGCCUGCUCCACCGCGUCGACGGCACCGGCAUGUGGGAGUGCAUCGACUUCUACCCCGUCGCCACACGAGGCAGGGCGUCGGCCAACGGCGUCGACAUGUCCGACGCCAUCGCCAGCAACGGCGCCGUCGCCGGGGACGUCCUGCACGUCAUGAAGGCCAGCAUGGACGACGACCGCCACGACUACUACGCGCUGGGGAGGUACGACGCGGCCGCCAACGCCUGGACGCCGAUCGACGCCGGCAGGGACGUCGGCAUCGGCCUGCGCUACGACUGGGGCAAGUUCUACGCGUCCAAGACGUUCUACGACCCGGCCAAGCGCCGCCGCGUGCUGUGGGGAUGGGUUGGCGAGACAGACUCGGAGCGCGCGGACGUGUCCAAGGGAUGGGCGUCGCUGCAGGGUAUCCCCCGGACGGUGCUCCUGGACACCAAGACGGGUAGCAACCUGCUGCAGUGGCCCGUGGAGGAGGUGGAGACGCUGCGCACCAACUCCACCGACCUCAGCGGCAUCACCAUCGACUACGGCUCCGUGUUCCCGCUCAACCUCCGCCGCGCCACCCAGCUGGACAUCGAGGCGGAGUUCCAGCUGGACCGCCGCGCCGUCAUGUCGCUCAACGAGGCGGACGUGGGCUACAACUGCAGCACCAGCGGGGGCGCCGCCGGCCGCGGCGCGCUGGGGCCCUUCGGCCUGCUCGUCCUCGCCGACCGCCGCCUCCGCCGCGAGCAGACGGCCGUCUACUUCUACGUGGCCAAGGGCCUGGACGGCUCCCUCGCCACGCACUUCUGCCAGGACGAGUCCCGCUCCUCCAGCGCCACCGACAUCGUCAAGCGCGUCGUCGGCAGCGCCGUCCCCGUGCUGGAGGACGAGGCCACGCUCUCGCUCCGGGUGCUCGUCGACCACUCCAUCGUCGAGAGCUUCGCGCAGGGCGGGAGGUCCACCGCCACAUCGCGCGUCUACCCCACCGAGGCCAUCUACGCCAACGCCGGCGUCUUCCUCUUCAACAACGCCACCGCCGCGCGGGUCACGGCCACGAAGCUCGUCGUCCACGAGAUGGACUCGUCAUACAACCACGACUACAUGGCGCCGGUGGCAGACAUCUGAUCGAUGCAAUGCAACCACGCCACUCUGCACCGCAACAAAUUUUCCAACACACAUAAAUAUACCAAGCAAUUCCCAUCUGUCAAAUUUUCUUAUUUCCCUGCCAUGAUUUUGGUCUCUAUUUUUCCUGCUGGCUACUACUUAUCUUCCAGCACUAGUAAUGUACGUACUGGCUAGUAACUAGGGUAUCCAGUGGGAAGACGUGUAGCCUCUAGUUGUACAUGCAUGUAUGAUGCUGUGUAGCACCGCAUCAUGCACACCACACCAAUGCAAAUGAGUUAUAAAUGUUUUUAAGCUCCAAAUUAAAAUUUUCGGUGCCUGAAGAGUCAA